AUGGAAUUCAACCACAUGCAUUCUGACGAGCUCAGCAACGAGGAGCAACAGCUCUUUCUUAAGAUGGAGUUCCCCUUUGAAGACAACGUCUCCCCCGUCCGUGAAAUCGUUCUGUUUGUUCAGUUUAUUCAACUGCUGAGUAACGCCUCGGUAAUUGGGAUAUUGGAUGCAUUCAUCAUGACGCUAACGUUGCACAUCAGUGGCCAGAUAGAUAUCGUGUGUCACGAUUUGUGCGAGCUCUUCUCGCGAAAAUAUGAAUACAACUCGUAUAAAGGAGCUGCGGGCGUGGUUAUUCGCAAGCAUCAGAAUCUCAUCGCGCUGUCGGACAGUGUCGAGAAUUUGUUCUCUUACAUCGCUCUGAUGCAGUUCUUCACGAAUACGCUUGUCAUAUGUUGCAUAGCUGUCGUAAUCGUUAUAUCGCUCGAAAAUGAUCAAGGAUAUAUUCUAUUCUUGAAGUCUCUGUUCUUUUAUAUUGCUAUCACUCUGGAAGCAUUCAUUUUUUGUUUUGCCGGGGAAUAUCUCAGUAACAAGAGUAAAUCAAUUGCGAAUGCUGCUUACGACGUGCUUUGGUACGACGCGAAACCCAGUAAAAGUCGAAUUUUAUUGAUUCUAAUGUUGAGAUCGCAAAAACGAUUGACUGUAACAGUUGGGAAAUUUAACGACCUGUCCUUGGAAGUCUUUGCGGGCAUUUUAAAAGCUUCUGCGUCGUACGUAUCGGUGCUACUUGCGAUGUCUUGA